GGUGACGGGGGGAGGGUCUGCCCCGGUCCCCGCUGGUGUGUGGGUGUGGUGGGGUGUCCCCGUGGGGGGCUUCAGGCCAUGAAGCCACGGGGCGUUCACAGGUGUCUCUGCUGGUAUGUGACGAUCAGGGCCCGUGUAUCGUGCAGCUGAGGUGCAGGAUCCACCCCGGCUGCCAUGGUGCUCCGGGCCCUGAGGUUUCUUUUAAGGAAGGUUAUAAGCCUUGUGACCACGAAGGCGUACGUUUAGCUUUGUAAAUGGCACAUAGCCGAAACAGCGGUGUCUGCCUGAGUCUGCAGGCAGCCUGAAACUGCACCUCUGAGAUGUGUGUGAUCUGCCCUGUGGUCAACGGUUGAAACCUAAAGAUAACUGCUUAAAGAGAACCGUUGCUAACUCUUUUGCAGCUGCUUGUGUUAACAGAAACAUGCAGUUAAUGGGGCAGCUGGUUGCUGAGUUAUGAAAAUUGGGGUUGGAGCCUCCCCCUAAAUCUUAAAAGUCCCCUCUGCAUGCAUCUGCAAAUGGAAAAGAGAGAAGUGCCACCCCAGCUACUUAAAUGCUCAACUGCUAUCUGUCUGCUAAAACUUCCAGGUUUUCUCCAUACAACUUCUAAUAUGCAACUGUAGUUUCUGCACAAUUUUUAGCAUGUUGAUAAUUAAAAAUUUGUCAGUAGUGUAAAAUCAAAACUUAAUAAAAAAGAAACAAUUCUAAUUGCUCUUAGUCUUCAUAUUUAACGAUAACACAUCUUUAAUUUAUAUCUUGCUUGAAGUUGCCGCAGAACUGUUAGUCUCACACAACAAAGGGCUACAACAUGGACUCCUUUCUGCCCUAAAAUACACAGAAUUCUGCUUACAAUUAUACCUUCAGUUAUAUCUCAUUAAAACAUAAUAGACUUAAGUGGAUUGAAAAAUAAAAAAAUGUCCAUUUCCCUUCAGAAAUUCUGCAGGUCUGAAAGUAAAAUCCCUGAAGAUUUCUACUGCCUGUACUGAAAUGUGUCUUCUACUUGUGACGUGCUGUUCAUGAGAGAAACGGAGUCCUGUCUGGCCCUAGUACAUCAGAUUGUUCCAUAAAUUAUGAGCUUUAAUUUCUCUUCAUAACAUUUGUAGUUAUUAUGUAAGUUAUGACAUCAGGCCCUGAUCAUACAUUUCUUGAACACCCAAGACUCCCCAUGAGUUAACUGGAUCCAUGACUUCUGUCUGCACCACAAAAAUGGAUGCAACCUUUGAUAGAAGCCCUUGGGUUGUGCAAAGAAAGGUGCAGGAAGCCCUUAAUAGUUAAAUGUAUGGUGUUAUCUUUUACUUGGUCCUGUUUAGUCUCAUAAUAUAGGUCUUCUAUCUGUCUCAGACAUUUCUAGAGGCUCCUAUCUCUAUGUUGUCUACCUGCUGAAUUUUUUGCAAGUGUCAGAAUUUUAUCACUUCUGGUAAAUCAGGAGUGGCGCAUGGCUCCGGGAGGCUUGGGGGAAAAAGAAAUCAGGAAAGUGAAGGUACAGACUUUGGACUCGGUCCUGUAAGUGCACCCAUGAGGACAGGCCUCUGUGCCAGUGUGUGUGGAGACCCAUUUAAAUCAAUUUACCAGUGUAGAUGCAAGAUCAGGGCUUAAGUCUGCCCAGUUUCUCUUCAAAUCCUGUCCCUCUUCAAUUUUACUGUGGAAUUGCAACAGUUUUGUGACCAUGAGACCCUGUGUAAUUGUGGAAUCAGAAGCAGAAGAUGCUCAUUAAUUAAUGACUGAUUAAAAAUGAAAAUGAACUAUUUCCAGAGCUGUCUGUUUCAGGUUCCCUCUGUAAAAGAUGUGUUGGUAGAUGUGGUAUUUUAACCUUUAAACCAAAAGCUUGUUAAUGAUUUUAUAAUUUUCAAUUGAUUUCACAGAUAAUGCAUUUUACCUGGUGUCCAAAGACCUGUUUCUGUGGGCUUGAAUCUGAUUAAGGCCCUGUCUUGUGAGCUGGCAUUUGAAAGCUGUUUAUAACAGUAGCAAAAAUGAACAAUAAAGUGGGUUAUUUGAUAAGGACAAUCAGACAUUUGCAUGUAUGUGGUUCUAAACUGGGUCCCAACUUUAGAACUACAAUGAGGACAUACACAUUAGGGAUCAGUAGAGGUAAGAGUGCCAUACAAAGUGUGAACCUGAGAAGAUUCCUGUUAAAUGUUCCUCCUCGGCGGCUUGAACCAUCUCUCCGAUUGCUGUCUCAGGGGGUGCCUGUUUAUAGUAAAGGAGAUGCCACUGUACAAGAACAGAAUGCUACAAAGACUCUAUUAGAUGAACAUGUGCAAAGUUCAUCUAGUGCCGUGGACCCUCUAGAAGAAGAUAGAAGUGUUGUUGAAGAGAAUCUGGUAGUGAAGAGCAAAAGGAGUCAGUCACAGCAGUUCUUUGAUGACCUUCAAAAAUGCACAUCUCUCUGUGAUGUAUUAGACCUAGUUUCAAAGUAUGCUAUUUCUGAGAAGCAUUGUAGUUCUUGUUUUAAUGCUAUGUGGAUGCUUACCAAAAAGCUGUCCGAAGACCAGAAGCGUUAUGAGAAACAACUGAUGGUCGAGCAUCCUGCAUUUAUGCAGCUAUGUCAGUCUCUGAUGAAAAAUUCUAGGAGCAUGUGGUGUGAUGACUUGGUAUACAGUCUACAUGCUGUGGUGAAGCUAGAGUUACCCCAGAACACUCAACUUGUUCAGACUUUGCUGAGGGUCUGUCAGGAGCGCCUCAAUGAUUUUGAUGACCGAUGUGUCGCUGUUCUGGCAGCCACCUUGGCAACCAUGGGAAAAAGCAGAAAUGUGGAUGCUCUUCAAGCCGGAUUACAGUUACUGGUGGAGCAGCGAAUUCCAAAGAUCAGUAACAUUUUUAUGUUGCAAAGCUUGAUGAAAUGCUUUGGGAAAGAUGCCCCACUCUCUCUCAAAAGGAAAUUUGAGGAUAGAGUUUUGAGAGAGCUGGACCACUUGACUCCUGUGAAUGCUCAAAACAUGUUUAGUGCUCUGGCUGCGAUGAAUUACUGCUCCAUCGUAAUCCUGGAUGCCUCGAGUAACAAAAUCAUUGAGAGUAUCCAUGGUUUUUCAUUUUGGCAGCUAAUCCAUGUUCUGAAAUCAUGCAGCAUCCUCCGGUACCGCAAUGUGGUUCUGUAUUCAGCAAUAGCAAACUACGUGACUUCCCACAUCUCCAUGUGGGACACUAAUCAGAUUGCCCUGUUUUUGUCUGCCUUCGGGGGACUUCGCUUUCGAUCUGUUGAGCUGAUGGAUAUUUUGGCUGAGAAGGUGACAAGUCAUCCUGAAUCCCUGGACCUGAAGUAUAUUCUAGGUGUUCUCCGGGUGUAUUCGCUUCUCAACCAUGUUCCCAAAUGCCAAAAUCAGGAGUUCCUGGAGUCUCUCAACGGUGCCUUGAAUAACUACCUCACCAGGAUUUCUAAUGUGGAUCUGCUGAAGGCAGUGUAUUCAUUUUGCAUUUUAGACUAUUUGCCCCAGCCUGCACUUAGUCAGCUCCUGCAAGAGGACAACCUCAACGAGUUACUAAAAUCAGAUGGCCUCAACAAGGAGCAGAAUGAAAUGAUGGUGCACUGUGUGAACGUGUGUCUGGAACUUGAUAGUCCUUCAUUCACCAAACCAGCAACUGUGUUUAUAAAGAAACCCUCACCUUUGGUUUCUGAUCUCCCUGAGGUUCAGAUGGCUCUGCUGAAACUUCUGGGAGAUGAGCGUAUGUUUCAGCAAAACAUCCAACUGCCAUAUGAUUACAACAUUGAUUUUGAAAUCAAAAUGGAUGCAGACAGAAAAAAAGUGCUUCCAGUAACUGAAGUAGAUGAUCCUGCCGAUGCUCCAGAUGUUCAAAGAGUGGCUAUUCUCUGUGCUUCUCCGUCUGCUUUCUGUUUUGGCACAAGACACCCCCAAGGCAAGCUGGCAAUGAAGAUGAGACAUCUGAAAAAACUCGGCUAUCAUGUGAUACUGGUCCACUACCAGGAGUUUAAAAAUCUGAAGAAAGAAGAAGCAAUUGAGUGUUUGAAGGGAGAAAUCUAUUCAGCAGAUGCUUUUCCUGUUUCUGAUGUGAAUUUGCAGGAUACUAUUUAAAAUGGACUGGGAACUUCAGAUCUCCUGCUUUUUUCCCCAUCACAGACAUUCACAAGAAGAAGGAAGCGGUUUCAUAUAUUCCUGAAAAAUGCCUGAAGACAUUGUACCCUGUAGAAAGUUUGUAAAUUCAACUAUAUCUACCAAAGGAGUUCUUUAGCAAAUAACUGCUUCUAUUGCCAAGGCUCCUUAAACAAUAAUUGACUGCAUUUAAAAAAAAAAAAAAUUGAAAAUCUCAAUUUUUUUUUUGUUUAAUUACAUAUAGGCUACUCCAGUGGGCUAAACUUCUCAUGUGUUCUUGAACUGGGGAAGUGUAACAAUCUUUCAGAGCAGUUGGGACUAUGACUGCUUUCACUGUAGUGAGAGUGGAACAACAUGAGUCAGUCCGUCAUUAGCUUUCAGUAAGAACUCCAGCCAGAAAAGCAGUAAAUCAUUAGAUAUUGACUGGAGUGGAAAAUCGAAACUCCCAAAUCUCUGGACAAGUUUGUAACUCAAAAAAUAAUUUUCUCGUCUUGUUUUCAGAAGUCUGGGAAAGCAAAUGAUUCUUUAUUCUCCAUGCUUCUUCAGUCUCAAGCUUUUCCCUCUGUUAUAAAGCGCUCUGAGACUCAUAGAUGUAAGAUUGUCCCUCAUAUAAAUUGCCUUGUAAAUGUCA